UUCUAGUGAUAAGUUGAGGAUAUGUUUUUAUCAGAAAAACAAGGUAAAUUAAAAUUAAUGGAAUUCCACCGAAUAAGAUAAAAUUAAUGAAAAUUCAGGUUUUUUUUUUUGGAUAAAAUUGAAAAUUCAGUUUAUGAUUCUGUCUUCUCUCUCUACAAACGCACGCACUUUCUCUUUCUAGGAGGAUUUUUCUCUCAAUAUUUUCCCGUUGUGUUCUAUCAUUAUUUUUCUCGCACAUCCCCCACUCACUGUCCGUUGGAGCCAAACAGACUGUUUUAGCUAAGCUCUCUUCUUCUUCUUCUUCUUCUGCUUCUCCAUCUCGCACUCUGAGGUGAACAAAUUGGACUGGACUGGACUGGACUGGACUGGACUGAACGAGGAGUGGGGAUUGUUGAGCAGAGCCGCCGGGUAUGAAUCCCACCACGGAGCCCCCAAUCCCUCAGCUCCAGCCGCCGCAGCCGCCUCAGCCCCACCGCCCCUCCACCUCCUGUGACCGCCACCCCGAUGAGCACUUUACCGGCUUCUGCCCCUCUUGCCUCUGUGAGCGCCUCGCCGUCUUAGAGCCCUCAUCCAACGGCGCCUCCUCCUCCCGCAAGCCCUCCGCCGCCGCCGCCAUCAAGGCCAUCUUCAAGCCCUCCGCUGCCGCAGCUGCCUCCUCCUCCUCCUCCUUUCCUCCCGAGCUUCGCCGCACCAAGUCCUUCUCCGCCUCGAAGAACGAGGGUUUCUUCUCCGGCAUUUUCGAGCCCCAGAGGAAAUCCUGCGACGUCAGGGUUCGGAACACCUUGUGGAACCUCUUCUCCAUCGACGACGAGACCAAGACCGCCGACGUCGAGACCCGGAAUUCGGCCUCAUUGAGCAUCCAGCACCGCCCCGUGCUCGAGUCCAAGGAAGAGGACGCGGAAACCGACACAGAGAAGCCCGACAUUGAAGAGGAAUUUGAAGAGGAGGAAGACGAAAUUAGGGCUUUGGAAGAAGCACGUAAGUCCAAUGUAGUGGAAGACAGGGUCCCGGAGAUCGUGGAAGAGGAAGAAGAAGAAGAAGAAGAAGAGCAGGAACCAUCGACGGAGCUCGUCGCAGAGGACCUCAGGACAAUGAAGGACCACAUAGAUCUCGACUCGAACCCUAAGAAGCCUUCCUCGGGUAGGGACUUCAAGGACAUUGCCGGCAGCUUCUGGUCCGCCGCCUCGGUCUUUAGCAAGAAGCUGCAGAAAUGGCGGAGGAAGCAGAAGCUGAAGAAGCAGCGGGAGGCUGGUGGUGGUGGCUGCUCUGCCACUCUUCCCGUCGAGAAGCCCAUUGGCCGCCAGUUCCGGGAAACCCAGUCUGAGAUCGCUGACUACGGGUUUGGUCGUAGAUCUUGUGACACUGAUCCAAGGUUCUCCCUUGAUGCUGGUCGGAUCUCAUUCGACGAUGCGAGGUACUCCUUCGAUGAGCCAAGGGCUUCCUGGGAUGGGUACCUGAUUGGACGCUCAUUCCCACCACCCCGGAUGGGCCCCACGAUGGUCUCGGUCGUGGAAGAUUCUCCACCAGUCAAUCAUGUCCUGAGGACUGAUACGCAGAUUCCGGUGGAGGAGCCGCCCAUGAACUCAAUAGAUGAGGAGGAUGAUGGGGUCCCAGGUGGGUCAACCCAGACCCGGGAUUACUACUUGGACUCGUCCUCGAGGCGGAGGAAGAGCCUUGAUCGCUCGAGCUCAAUUAGAAAGACUGCAGCAGCGGUCGUGGCAGAGGUAGAUGAGUUAAAAUCCGCCAAGAACGCGAAAGUUUCCCCUGCAACAAUGGAUUAUUUCCAGGGCACCAAGUUGAUCGUUGGGGAGAGGGAUUUGAGGGACUUAAGAGACUUGAGGGACUUGAGGGACUUAAGGGACUCGAACUCAAACUCUCUUAGGGACGAUUGCUCUGAUAUGUUUGAGAUCGGCUUCAGGGACAGUGCCUCAGUGAUCGGGAACGGCGAUCGGAAGGGACCCAAGAAGUCAAGCAGGUGGAAGGCUUGGAGCAUUUGGGGACUCAUUCACAGAAGGGGAGGGAACAAGGACGAGAAUGAUGAUCGGUAUAGCAGCAGGGGGAACGGGGUUGAGAGGUCCUUCUCUGAGUCCUGGCAAGACCGGAAUGGGGACCCGAGAUUGGCUUUCAACCGGAGAGUUUUACGGAGUAAUAGCAGUGUGAGCUCGAGGAACUCCUACAGCCUAGGGGGAUCCUUUGGGCGAAAGAACGGGAAUCUGAAUGGAAUCGAGAUGAACGGACACGGGAAGAAAAAGAGGGACGAGUUUGUCCUGGAGAGAAACCGCAGUGCGAGGUAUUCGCCAAAUAAUGUCGACAAUGGGCUGUUGAGAUUCUACUUGACCCCACUGAGGGGAAGCCGGAGGAGCGGAGGGGGCGGUGGGAUUGGAGUCGGGGCCGGGAAGGGCAGGACUGGUCCCGCCCAGUCGAUUGCCCGGAGCGUGCUGAGACUGUACUGAAUCGAAGAACCCGAUCGAAGGAAACGAGAGGGAAAUGUGUCCGCCUCUGGUUUUAGUCUAGUGUUGGUAAUUUUUCGGCUUCAAUUGGUUGUGCAAAACGAAAACCCAUACAUUGCUCUAUUAUGCUGUAAUCCCCUCGCUGGACGGUUGGUUGGUUGGUUGGUUGGUUUUUGGAUAAAAAAUAGAGCACUUCAAUUUGCAUUGUUGGUUGAUUCCUUUCAAUCUUCCUCAUUUAAUCUAAUAACAUUAUUAUUCUUGUUCU